AUGACGACCAUCUUGAUCAACGCCGUGCUGCUGGCGGCGCUGCUGGCCGGGGCCCUCGCUCGACCCGAACCACCGCCGCCCAACGGCGGCUACCCUGGCCGGCGAGGCGGCGACCACCAGCGUGACGCGCACCACCACGACGGCCAGGACAACGGCUCCAAACAGGGCGGCGGCUUCAAGGACCACCAGGGGUAUCAAAAGGACGGCGGUUCUCAGGACCACCAGGGAUACCAAAAUGGCGGCGGCUUCCAAGAUGACCAGGGAUACCAUAAGGACGCCGGUCUUCAGGACCACCAGGGCUACCCAAAGAACGGUGGCUUCCAGGAUAACCAGGGAUACCAGAAGGAAGCUGGUCUCCAGAACAACCAGGGCUACCCAAGACGUGGCUUCCAGGAUACCAGGGAUACCAGAAGCAGAGCAACCAGGGCUACCCAAAGAACGGUGGCUUCCAGGACAACCAGGGAUACCAGAAGGACGCCGGUCUCCAGAACAACCAGGGCUACCCAAAGAACGGUGGCUUCCAGGAUAACCAGGGAUACCAGAAGGAAGCUGGUCUCCAGAACAACCAGGGCUACCCAAAGAACGGUGGCUUCCAGGAUAACCAGGGAUACCAGAAGGAGGGUCUCAGACAACCAGGGCUACCCAAAGAACGGUGGCUUCCAGGACAACCAGGGAUACCAGAAGGAAGCUGGUCUCCAGAACAACCAGGGCUACCCAAAGAACGGUGGCUUCCAGGAUAACCAGGGAUACCAGAAGCAGAGCAACCAGGGCUACCCAAAGAACGGUGGCUUCCAGGACAACCAGGGAUACCAGAAGGACGCCGGUCUCCAGAACAACCAGGGCUACCCGAAGAACGGUGGCUUCCAGGACGAUCAGGGCUACCCGAAGAACAGUGGCUUCCAGGACCAGGGCUACCCGAAGAACGGUGGCUCCCAGGGUGGCCAGGGAUUCCAAAAGUUCGGAGGCUUCCAGGACAACCGCAAUGAUGACCACCACGGCCACCAAGGCAACAAACACGGCUUCCAAGACGACGACGAGCAGAAUAUUCAGCAGUACGGCAGCUUCCAGGGCCAGCAGAAGGACAUCGGUUUCCAGAAGCACAACCAAGGCGACCACUCCAACGGCAUGACGGCGUACGAGGCCCGUCCCCUGGGAACACCCCGCGCACCCAUCAAGCAGCAGUCACGGUACUUGCCCCCCACCAUGUCCGCCUUCCGCUCGGCGCCGUCCUCCGAGUACGGGGCGCCCUUCUCCGCCAGGCCUUCCGGGCCCUUGGCGUCCUCCGGCCCACGCCGCCCGCACCACCCCGGCAAGAAGGCGACGUCCCAGGGCGUCCAGGCGAGCGGCAGCGCCGGGCACCCUUCCGGGCACGCUUCCGGGCGCCCUGCCGAUCGCGGCGCCAAGAAGCACAUGCGCGUCGCCUCUUCCAAAUCCAAGGCUGGUCACGGUUCCGGUCACGGUUCCGGUCACGGCCCUGGCGAGCGGUUCGCUGGACAGGGCCAGGGGCAGGGCCAGGGGGCGCACCCCGGGGCAGGCGACGUCGCCGGCCACGACGCCGAGCUGUUCUCCGGCCAGGAGACGGGUUCCUUCGUCGGCCGCGGCUUCGCUGGCCACGGCCUCGACGGCCACGGCCCCGCCUCCGGCCAGGGCUCGGCUAGCGACGCCUUCCACAAGGCGGGGGCGUUUGCCGGCAGCGAGGGCGUCAGCGACAUGUACGGGCCUCCUGGACGCGGAUACCCCCGCGGCGGCCCCGGUCACCACGGCGACGACCAGGACGACGACAUGCAGGAGAACGCCAUGUACCACUUCGAGUACAGCGUGGGCGACGACGCGAGCCCCGAGGCCGGCGCCGACGCCCCCCAGUUCGGACAGCACGAGGAGCGCGACGGCGAGGUGACGCGCGGCACGUACCACGUGCUGCUGCCGGACGGCCGCCUGCAGCGUGUGGACUACGAGGCGGACGAGCGGGGCUUCAGGCCGACGGUCAGCUUCGAGGGGGCCCGGGGCCCGGGCGGCAGGGCGGGCAGCGGCGGCGGCAGCGGCGGCAGCGGCGGCAGCGGCGGCAGCGGCGGCAGCGGCGGCAGCGGCGGCAGCGGCGGCAGCGGCGGCAGCGGCGGCAGCGGGGGCCCCCUACUGAACCACCAAGACCAAGAAGACCGCCACGGCCACGCACCGCCAGCCCAGCGAGGCAUUUGUACUCCCUCACCAGAAAACGAGCAUUAA